AUGAAUCUUGUACCUGAUGAUGAAUGGGAUGCAUUUUUAGCAGCAUUAAAAGAACCAUUACCAGUUACUUUUCGUGUAACAGGUUUUCGUACGCAUACUUUUGCUAUAAUGCAUCUAAUUCGCGAACGAUAUUUUCAACCAUUUGAAUCAUCGACAACAAUUGAUAAACCAAAAGAACUUAAUUUUUCUUAUAGAUAUCCAGGUAGUUUAUCAUGGCAAUUAAAUCUUAGUCGAAAUCAAUUACGUAGUUCUCCAGAAUUACAAAAACUUAAAGAAUUUCUUUAUGAACAAACUGAACAUGGAAAUAUCAGUCGUCAAGAAGCUGUAUCGAUGAUUCCACCUUUGGUUCUUGAUAUUCAACCUCAUCAUAAAAUCUUAGAUAUGUGUGCAGCACCUGGUUCGAAAACUGCUCAAAUAAUUGAAUGUCUUCAUCGUGAUGAAUCAAAUCCAAUCCCAAGUGGUUUUGUUAUUGCUAAUGAUGUUGAUAAUAAACGAUGCUAUACACUUGUUCAUCAAGUUAAACGAUUAGAAAGUCCAUGUUUUGCUAUUAUGAAUCAUGAUGCAUCAAAUUUACCGAAUUUAAAAACUAAUGAUAGAAAUAUAUUAUUUGAUCGUAUUCUAUGUGAUGUUCCAUGUUCUGGUGAUGGAACACUUCGAAAAAAUCCUGAUCUAUGGAAAAAAUGGAAUCCUGGACAUGCAUCUAGUUUACAAUCAAUACAAUUACGUAUUGCAACACGUGGUAUACAACUUCUUGCACCCGGUGGUCUUAUGGUUUAUUCAACAUGUUCAAUGAAUCCUAUUGAAAAUGAAGCUUUUGUUAGUCAAUUAUUACAAAAAUUUCAAGGUCAAAUUUCACUUAUGAAUAUUAAUGAUAAAUUACCAGGUUUACGAACUAUACCUGGCUUAAAAAGUUGGUGUAUCAUAGGAAAAAAUCAAGAAAUUUAUAAUUCAUUUGGAGAAGUACCAAAAAAUAUGCAAUCAUUAGUUCGACCAAAUAUGUUUCCACCUUCAAAUGAUAUUCUAGAACAAUUACAUCUUGAGCGAUGGUAA